AUGGUUAAGAUGAAAUUGAUUUCGACCGCCGCCACCAAACCACUGUCACACAUAAUCCAACGCCACUUCACCAGCGCUAUUGUCACCAUCUCCACCCGCCACAUUCCACCGUCUUCUUCGCCACAGCAACCCGACCUCCAAGCCUCAGCCUAUCCUAUCGAGGAUGAGCGACGAGCUGCCACACGCCUUCAGGCAGGCGGCCGUCGGAAGCCCCGACGGGCAAAGCUGAUGACCAAUUGCUUGCGCCUGACUAGUCCUCGAGGAAACAACCCUCGGCCCCUCAGAAACUGUCUCCAGUUAAACCGCGGUAGCCACACAAUAGCUCCCAGUUCCAAGUUGGAACCACCUAUCCAGCCGCUGAUUCCCACCGAAGUGAUUGUUCGCUGGCCCCCCCAACUUCAUGCUGGCCUCACCUAUCCAGCCGCUGUGCAUAUCGAUUUAGCCCUGAUGGAUUCCGAUUAUGGCACAUCGAGAGAACUUUCUGAUCUGCAAAAGCUUCGAUCUUUGUACCAGCCAGAGCUUCCUCCCUGCCUUCAGUUUGCUAUGGUCGUCCCUUUUUUUUCCAAUGUUCAUGCUGGAGUGGUUUUGUUUGGCUUGUGUCUGAAUUGUGAUAUACAAACAUUAGUUAGCGGUGAAAUCUCGGUGCUUCGUAGAGUUUUGCUGAUUUCGUGCAUGGGAAAUGCAGUCCGUGUUGAGUUUGGUGAUGUGGCAAUUCCUGCGGACCCCUCAGGUGCCCAUACCAUAAGUAGGUCUUUUCCUCACACUUAUGGUCAACCCAUUGCGCAUUUCCUUAGGGCGACUGCGAAGGUUCCCGAAGCUCAAAUUAUUACGGAGCUUCCUGCGGUCAGGGUUGGAGUUGUUUACUGUGGUAGACAAUCUCCUGGAGGACAUAAUGUCAUAUGGGGUCUUUUUGAUGCGCUCAAGGUUCAUAACCCCAAUAGUACUUUGUUUGGAUUUCUUGGUGGUUCUGAUGGUUUAUUUGCACAAAAAACUUUAGAGAUUACUGAUGACAUUCUCGCAACCUACAAAAAUCAAGGUGGAUAUGAUUUGCUCGGACGGACAAAAGAUCAAAUUAGAACAACUGAGCAAGUUAAUGCAGCACAUAACGCAUGCACGGCUUUGAAGCUGGAUGCUCUUGUAGUUAUUGGAGGCGUGACGUCAAAUACGGACGCAUCCCAGCUUGCAGAAACUUUUGCUGAAAGAAAGUGCUCUACAAAGGUGGUUGGAAUCCCUGUUACUUUAAAUGGAGAUCUUAAAAACCAAUUUGUUGAGACAAAUGUUGGUUUUGACACAAUAUGCAAGGUUAAUUCCCAGCUGAUUAGUAAUGUAUGCACCGAUGCCCUUUCUGCGGAGAAGUAUUAUUACUUCAUUCGACUCAUGGGACGUAAAGCAUCUCAUGUUGCCGUGGAAUGCACUCUCCAGUCCCAUCCCAAUCUGGUCAUUCUUGCUGAAGAGGUGGCGGCAUCAAAGCUUACUCUAUUUGACAUCACAAAACAGAUAUGUGAUGCAGUUCAAGCAAGAGGUGAACAAGAUAAGCAUCACGGUGUCAUCCUUCUGCCUGAGGGGCUUAUUGAAAGCAUACCUGAAGUUUAUGCUCUAUUGCAGGAAAUUCACCAUUUGCUCAGGGAAGGUGUAUCUGCUGAUAACAUUUCUGCACAACUCUCUCCUUGGGCAUCUGCACUGUUUGAUUUCCUGCCACCAUUCAUAAGAAAACAGCUCCUUCUCCACCCAGAAUCGGAUGACUCUGCACAGCUAUCUCAGAUUGAGACUGAAAAGCUCCUAGCUCAUCUUGUCGAAGUGGAGAUGAAUAAGAGACUGAAAGAAGGAACCUACAAGGGCAAGAAGUUCAAUGCCAUUUGCCAUUUCUUUGGCUACCAAGCUCGGGGGUCUUUGCCAUCAAAGUUUGAUUGUGACUAUGCCUAUGUGCUUGGUCAUAUUGGCUUUCACAUAAUUGCUGCUGGCUUGAAUGGUUACAUGGCAACUGUAACCAAUUUGAAGAAUCCUGUAAACAAGCUGUUGAGACAAAAUGCAACCAAGUUUUUGAUGGAGGAUAUUUAUAGAAACCCGGGACCUCUUCAGUUUGAUGGCCCCGGUGCUGAUUCAAAACCUGUUACUCUCUGUGUUGAAGAUCAAGAUUAUAUGGGCCGUAUUAAGAAAUUGCAGGAAUAUCUCGACAAGGUGCGUUCAAUAGUGAAACCAGGAUGUUCACAGGAUGUCCUUAAAGCUGCUUUGAGUGCAAUGUCCUCUGUAACAGACAUUCUUUCUGUUAUGUCUGCACCUUCCAGUGGAAGCACUCCCUUCUAAAUUCUAACUAUUACCUCUAAAGGAAUGGAUUUUUUAAAAGACCGAGCUACUGUGGAAUUACCUCCUCCAUUUUUGAACUUAUUUCCUUCCAUUUUUAUAUUUUUCUUAUUAUCUUAUGAUUUAUAAUGUUUUUGGGCUUGAGACUUGAGAGCAUGAAAUCUUGAGAUGCGAAAAGAAUAAGUGAAGAGUGCUUGCAAUGAAGUGAUUCUGACUGAAUGAAGGGAUUCAAACCUUAGUUCUCAAAACUCGGAUAGGAACCCCCGGCUUGAUCGGUAAACUGUUUUACACCGGUCUAGUUUGGCUGAAAAAAAAAAGAAAGAAAGAAAG